AAAUGCAAUGAAACAAACAUGUGCUUUUUGGUCAUAAUUUAAGGAUAAUGUUACGCAUAAGGUUAGCAGGUUGUUAAGGUUAGGGUUAAAAAUCACAUUUUAGGAAGAGAAAUUGAAGAAAUAGACAGGGUUUAUGACUUUUUGGCUGUGGUAAACCGCUAAAACAGGCAUGAGUAGAAGGUUCCCGAACAGACAUAAACAAUCAAGUUGAUAACAAGAUCAGCAGCACUGAAAGGCGAAAAAUGCAGAGGUUAUCGAUUAAAAAGCGAUGUAUUUAUCAAUUCAUACGCGACCAGAGCUAUAGAAUAGAGCAGAGAACGACGACAUGUGUACAAGGGAGCAGAUAUCUGUCUAAUGAGCACCUGGGAAACUCUCGCUGUCUGAGAACUCGGUCUGCACCAAAUGACACAUUUAAGCCUGUGAUAUCGUGGAGUGCCCUGUGUUCAUCAAAGUGGCUUGAUAGCAGACCAGGAGGAGAACAGAGGAGAGUCCUACAUGUCACUUCAUCAGUACAUGCAGAGGAAAACGCUGUUCAGAUAAGUGAGAUCAGCGAGGCAGCCUAUGAGAAGCUGGCAGAUGAGACUCUGGAUUCGUUGGCUGACUACUUUGAGGAUCUGAUGGAUGGACCACUAGCAGGGCCGGAGUUUGAUGUUCUCUUCUCUGUCAGUACACAUCACGUUGUCUUCUUCUCUAGUGGUGUGUUGACAGUGAAGGUGGGCGGAGACCAUGGAACAUACGUCAUCAACAAACAGACUCCUAACAAACAGAUCUGGCUGUCAUCUCCUACCAGUGGUCCGAAGCGUUAUGACUGGACAGGAGAGCGCUGGGUCUACUACCACGACGGCAUGGGUCUCCACCAGCUCCUCUCUAGAGAGUUCUCUAUCAUCUACAACAUGAACCUGGACCUGACCACACUAGUACACUCCUGACCUGGGCCACGUCCCAAUUCCCAAUAGAGCCAAAGGUAGUGCACUAUAUAGGAAAUAGGGUACCACUUCAGAUGUCUGUCCCAACUUGUCCAUUCUCCUGCACAGCAUACUACAUCCAUGUACUUAAUCACACGUCUGAAAAAUAAAAAGUAAAACCUCUUGUGUGGCCAGAUUUCAAGUUAGGAUUUAGCUCGGAAACAGAACCAAAUGGAUUUAUGCACCAAUACCAUAACGUCCAUUUAUAUCUGCGAUAUAAUAUAGAGGACAUUAAUUGUAUAUGUCGAUGAUACAGUGUUUUAUUUGUGUGAAUGUGUAUAUGAAUACACACGUGAACGGAUGUGUCGGUUUGGUCUGUAGCUGAAGGAAAGGAAAACGUCGCCACGUCAUUUCAGUUGGUUAUGAUUACUUUCUCGUUACAGCUGAAGUUUUUUCCUGAAUUCACAUCCUACUUCACGUUUGGAGUUUUCCUGUGUUCACUUCUAAACAAUGACCAUCUUAUUGUGAUCAAACAUGUCUAAUUGAGCAGUUAUAACCUGUUAUGAUAAACCUGUUGGGACCUAUUGAGAAACACCAUCAUUAAUAAACAGCUUGUGUCUUUUUCAAAUUAAGAUGGCCAGUUAAACAUGCUACAGACAUUGUAAACAACAGACACAUGCAACCACUCUUAUUUCAAUGGAAAUUAGUCCAAACCCAGGAUUCAUUAUUCUGUUUCCCUCAAUUUUAUCUAGGAUAAAAAAUAAGAUUUUGUUUUAAUGGGCGAGCUAAACACAACUAAAACCAUAGAAAUAUGUUUACUACAAUGGGGAAUCCCAUUCCAGUCGAUGUUCUGUGAUGGAUGGACCGGCGGCCAUAUUGAGUGUUCCCAUGAGUGAUCCUGUCACAUUGCGAUGGUCUGAGGGGCAUUGCUCCAGUCAUUCUACCUCUAUGGCUAAAACAGACGUUAGUGGGUAUCUCUCUGAUGUCUUAUCUCUCCCAAACUAAAUCUUGUGUUUGAUUCACACAGUAGAGCUGCACUGGUCUGGCCUGGAUAUGUAUCCACCAUAGUUUCUGGAACCGUGCUGAAAGGACAAUACGAAAAUAAAAUAUCCAAGCCGGCACAGCACUGUUAAGGUCGGUCUUAUAGUGUGCCUUUUCAAUUAGUCCAUGGACAUCAGGCUUUAGACUGAUCAGUGGUCAGUGUCUCUGUCUGGUUAUGUUCCUGGGCUACAGACUGUUUUGGAGGCAUAGUAGACAGGGAUUAGACUGAUCAGUGGUCAGUGUCUCUGUCUGGUGAUGUUCCUGGCCUACAGACUGUUUUGGAGGCAUAGUAGACAGGGAUUAGACUGAUCAGUGGUCAGUGUCUCUGUCUGGUGAUGUUCCUGGCCUACAGACUGUUUUGGAGGCAUAGUAGACAGGGAUUAGACUGAUCAGUGGUCAGUGUCUCUGUCUGGUGAUGUUCCUGGCCUACAGACUGUUUUGGAGGCAUAGUAGACAGGGAUUAGACUGAUCAGUGGUCAGUGUCUCUGGUGAUGUUCCUGGCCUACAGACUGUUUUGGAGGCAUAGUAGACAGGGAUUACUUUGUGGGACAGAUGUUUAGAGAGUCAGAGUUCUUUCUCUAGACUGUAAAUCUGUGUCAGUGGUGGAGCUCUGCUCUUUUCUCUUUCACUGCUGGAAGAUCUCAGUCCUGAUGGGCCAACGGGCCUGUGUGGAACUGGAUAGAAACAUAUUUCUAGUGGAAUGUUCUAGAGGGACAGAUACUGUCAGAACAACAGUCAUACUGUCAGACAGUUCAGAUUUAAAUACAUCGACAGGGAGCUAGCUGAGUCAAUGGUUUAUGUUGAGCCAGGAUAAUAUUUCUGCCCUUCUCCAUUGUUUGAAAAGUUAAAUUCUCCUCGGAAUCGUCUGCGUUCACUGUCAAAUUCUGUUCUGGGAGUCUCGGGUAUGAAUUUGUUGAAAUGUAUGUAUCCUUUGUUUGCCAUCUUUUGUUUUAUAAUUCAAUACCUGUAAAUAAGUUAAAAACAGUUUUUUUUCAACAAAUACCUGGAAUAGCCAGCCAAAUAGAAAAAGUAGCCAGUCAGGCCUCCCCGAGCAGGGUUUGAAAAAUGUUGGCGGUCAACCUAUAUUUUGGUGGCAUCUAGUUCAUUCUAAUGCCUUGAUUCCAUCUGAAAUACACAGCAAGAUUAUUGAAUACUUCAUCAAAUGUACCUCCCAGAUUGGAAUUAGUUGUGGUAUUGUGUGUAGAAGGACAUGACUUUACAGUUUUAAUUACUGAAAAUGUUUAAAUUGAGUGUAUUGUUAGUUGUUUUGGAUAUCAUCUAGGCCUGUAUGAUCAGAACUAUUUUCUACAUAAAAUAACAUUAAACCUUUUUAACGUUUAACCUGUCUUCUCUUGAGAUGAAGAUCUUAUUUAGUCUUUUACUGCAAGAUAUGAAUUGUCCCAAUGUUUGAUGUUUGUUCUUCAAAACAGAAAAGUAUUUAAAUAGCCCACGACCCAAAUGAUCUUGAAAAAUAAAUGACAUGUGGCUGCUGUAUGAAACAUGCUAAAGAAAAUAAAUGAAUAUCCCAGAACAAUAA